CACCCAUCUGCCCACCGAGCCCGGCGGGGACAGCAGGACCGCGGGAGCCCCGGGAGAGGAGCAGCUCCUGCAAAAUGGUCCCUCCCUUCUUGCUGCUCUGCCUCCUCCACUCGGUGCGCGCCGCCGGGCGCCCCGAGGGCCGAGCCGACAACCAGAGCCUGGGAGCGGCCCUGGCCGUCCCCAACGCCUCGCACUUCUUCCCCUGGAACAACUACACCUUCUCCGACUGGCAGAACUUCGUGGGGCGCAGGCGGUACGGGGCCGAGUCCCAGAACCCCACGGUGAAAGCCCUGCUCAUCGUGGCUUACUCCUUCAUCAUCAUCUUCUCGCUCUUUGGGAACGUCCUGGUCUGUCAUGUCAUCUUCAAGAACCAGCGAAUGCACUCGGCCACCAGCCUCUUCAUCGUCAACCUGGCGGUCGCCGAUAUAAUGAUCACGCUCCUCAACACCCCCUUCACUUUGGUCCGCUUUGUGAACAGCACGUGGGUGUUCGGGAAGGGCAUGUGCCACGUCAGCCGGUUUGCCCAGUACUGCUCCCUGCAUGUCUCGGCGCUGACGCUGACCGCCAUUGCCGUGGACCGCCACCAGGUCAUUAUGCAUCCGUUGAAGCCCCGGAUCUCAAUCACAAAAGGCAUCAUCUACAUCGCUGUCAUCUGGACCAUGGCUACGUUCUUUUCACUCCCACACGCUAUCUGCCAGAAAUUAUUUACCUUCAAGUACAGCGAGGAUAUUGUCCGCUCCCUGUGCCUGCCAGACUUCCCUGAGCCAGCUGACCUCUUCUGGAAGUACCUGGACUUGGCCACCUUCAUCCUGCUUUACAUCCUACCCCUCCUCAUCAUCUCCGUGGCCUACGCCCGUGUGGCCAAGAAGCUGUGGCUGUGCAACACGAUCGGCGAUGUGACCACGGAGCAGUACCUCGCCCUGCGGCGCAAGAAGAAGAAGACCAUCAAGAUGCUUAUGCUGGUGGUGGUCCUCUUUGCCCUCUGCUGGUUCCCCCUCAACUGCUAUGUCCUCCUCCUGUCCAGCAAGGUCAUUCACACCAACAACGCCAUCUACUUUGCCUUCCACUGGUUUGCCAUGAGCAGCACCUGCUACAACCCCUUCAUCUACUGCUGGCUCAAUGAGAACUUCAGGGUUGAGCUGAAGGCACUUCUGAACGUGUGCCAAAGGCUGCCCAAGCCUCAGGAGGACACGCUGCCCUCCCCAGUUGCUGCCUUCAGGGUAGCGUGGACAGAGAAGAGCAAUGGCCGGAGGGCCAUUAACCUCCUGCCCUCCUCCCAUCUCCAGUCUGGGAAGACAGACCUGUCCUCCGUGAAGCCCAUUGUGGCAGUAAAUUAGAGGCAGGGGGAGGGAUCUGUUUCCAGCUGAGGUUGGAAAAGAGCCUGAAGAGAUGGCCUGUGCUCUCAUACCUUAACAGUGCUAGAAACGGGUCACACAGAAGCUAUAGGACUCUCAAGUUUCUAGAAAACUCUGCCCAGCUUCCCAGCCCCAUUUGAUGUGAAAACUGCAGGGCAACUACUAACCCAGUACAUGUGUAAAUAUUAUGGUCUAAGAAAUGCUGUGAAGUGGAUCACCCUGGUUCCAUGAGUGAGAGAGCCAGGGACAACUUCAGCCCUGAUGGUUGCUUAGUCAUUUAUUGCUCCAUCUGUCAGGCAACUGGCUUCUGUACAGCUCUUCCCUGCCGCUGAGCAUCUGUAAAGGAACCCUGAGUCAUACUUUGGGUGUGGCAGACCCAGAGCUCUGCAUUCGAAAGGUUCAUGGGCCAGUGAAAGGCUAGCUGGUGCUGAGGUUUUCAUGCCUUGCUUUCUAAAGUAGUUGGAUCAAGAUCAAUCAUGAUCCUGCGCUGGCCUGACCAUGGACAAGAAAAGAAGGGACCAAUUUGGGUUCUUAAAACAAAGAGGAAUUAUUGCAUUUUUCUUACCAGAAGAAAUUAUUAUUAAAACUUUGAAAAAUUCAGAAAAACAUAAAGAAGAAAAUAAAAAUCACUGCCUUAUCCGACCAAUUUGUGAUAAUGGCAUAUUUCUCGUUGUAUGUGCUGUGAAUUUAUUUGCAACUUUUUCCUCCACUUCUGUGUCAGGGCUUUAUAUUUUUCAUUUUGAAUUGCAGUUUUCCAUUUGGAUUGUAAUGAUAAGCAGGAAACAGGCAUGGCAGAGUCCCUCUCCUGAGAGUAGCGUCCACAAGAAGAAUUGGAAAAAGAAGUGGGAGGGGAACCCAAGGUGAAGACCAUCACUGGUCUGACAGACCUAGACCCUUCAGGAAGGCCUGGCUGAAGUGGCCCUUCUCAGAGAGUGGUCAUCAUGAUGAGCCAGGGGACAAAACUCAGCCAGAAGGCAUAAUUCCUUCUCUUCUGCAAUCACAUAGAAACAAGAGGAGGUGAAAAAUUAUUCUGCUUUUCAAAGGAGAUGAGGGAACAGGCUUUCCAACAUGCUGGAAAUAAUUGUGCUUAGAUACCUCAUCUUCCCAACCUGUCUAGACAGGCCAUUUCUCUGUGUUGUCUGGAAAAUAAGGUGUCUUCAAACCAGUUCGGAAAGAAGACUCACCGUCAACAUGGCCUUGGAGGCUGGGAUGUCAGGGCCUCACCUGUCACUUAGAGAAGCUUCUGGAACGGUGAUAUUCCAUAAGGACCCAAGUUGCCAUAGAAAUCUCAUUCCAGAGAUUGAAUGUUUUCAUCACUUUCCAUCUGGUCCUGAGUGAUUCACUGUGUCACCCAGAAGAGAGAAGUGUCAGACAGGAUCGAGCUUAAUUCACAAGCCCUAAACAUCUGCUACUCUCAGGCUGAUGGCAGGUUUCCUUCUAGCAUCUGAAAAAACAUAAAAGCAAACCAUGGUUAUGGGGCUGAAUGGGAGACUGAGGUCUGGGGAGGAAGGAGUUUGUUCAAGGAUCACUCCUACCUCUUGGCUGCUAAUCGAAACUGAACAAGGCCAUGUCAUCUUCUUCCCUGGUGAUGAUAUGUGGGGGCUUAUUAUAUUCUUCUCACUAUGAGGACGUUUGACACUUUUCAAGAUAGAAAGUUUAAAAAACCGUCUUUUGAAUAGCAGGUAAAGAAGUGAUUUUCAUGGGGGCAGAGAGAGCCUUUUAAGCCCAUAGGGAUCCUCAAAUGGAUUUUCUGGCCAAAUUGCUCUUGUGCCAAUGACAGUAUACUUGUGCUUAUAGUCUCUUGUGGUGUCAAGAAGCAGCCAAUGGUUUCUUCCUAAUGCUUCCGUAGAAAGUCUGUGAAAGAGUGAGAGGAGGCAGUGGGGAUACAGAAAGUUUGUCCGGCUCUCAAAAUCACAGGGAAACCUUCUCUUUGUUCCUCUUUUGUGGGGUGGGGGACAGUGGAAGGUGGGUAGUCUGGAAAUACUGCCAAAGCAUGGAGAAGACCCUUCUCUGGUGGUGCUAGUGGGGAGGGGGACCUGUGGAUGGCCCAUUUAGUCUGGGUCUCCCUGCAGAUAGACUGUCAGCACCCCGACCGCCUCACUCCUCGUGGACACUGUGUGCUUAGGGCAACAGUGAUUUGUAUUUGUGAAUGUGAAAUUCAUAAAGCUUGAGUUUUCCCCAGUGGGCUGUAAAGAGUCCUUUACUGUAAAAUUGCUUCAGUCUUAAGAAAAUACAUUUGGGGUGUGUGGAGUGUGCCUCUUGGAUUGGUGAUUUCGUCCUAUUUGGUAACCUUUGAAGUAGGAAUCAACAUGGAUUAGGCUAAGAGAGCCCAGAGAUCAUCUACCCCAAACCCUGCCUUUUACAGAUGAGGAAACUCAAACAUCGAGAGGUUAAAAGUCUGGUCCAAAAACGCCUGACUUAGUGUAGUGCCAAAUCCCCUCUGCCGUCGCAGGUAUGUUGACUCAUCUGAAUGAUGCUAUUCAAAGCCCAGGAAAUUAGCCUUAAAAGAUUUCACAGAAAAUUGUAAAUAGGGGAUGU